ACAAUAUUACAAUCGUCUUCUGUUUGAUAUUUUCCAGAGUGAAGUUGUCGUCAGUGGUUUCUCCGGUCGGUGCUUUUUGUGUUAAUUUUUAUUUAUUUUUCCGUGUUUAAUGUUUUAUGGACCAUCUUUGACCGACACUGUCGUUAAAUUUAAAGUUAACGGUGGAAAAUGUUUAACCCGGAGCGGCGGAGUGAGUGAACCGCUACAUGCUACGUGUACAGUAAAAAGGCUGCUAGCUGAGAGACACAGAAACAGAAACAGCCGCUUAAUAAGAAACAUUUCAGCGUCUUUUAAAACAUUUUCUGUAAAGCUAAGGUGUCUGAGUUUAAUCCUGGAGGAUGAGUUAGCAGGGAGGACACUUUGUUCUCCGUCAACACUUACAAAUGAGACAUGAAGGACUGAAAAUUAACAGAUUUCUGAGCAACAAACACGACAGCUUCUGGGUUUUCUGUUUGUUUGAGAAGUUUGUUGUUGAUCUUUCUUUUUUUAAAACGGACUGAAAUCAGAAAGCUGACAGGCUGUGAAGAUGAUGUACUCAUCGAGAAGAAAGCCUGUCCUCUACUUCAAAGAGGAGAGAAGGUUCCUGUCGGGUAAAUGUACGGUCUACAAGCUGUUCGGCCUCUGCAUGGUGCUGCUGCUCGUCUCUCUGCUCUGGCUGCAGCUCAGCUGUUCAGGUGACUUGUCGGCCCCCGUGCACGAGGACAAACGACCCCCCCAGCACUUGCAGGCUCCGCCCUGCCCCGCUGACAGUCAGGCGUCUGCUGCAGACGACCCCUCCUGGGGUCCUCACAAACUGGCGCUCAUCAUCCCCUUCAGAGAGCGCUUCGAGGAGCUGCUGGUGUUUGUUCCCUUCAUGCACACUUUCCUCAACAAGAAGAAGAUCCGCCACAAGAUCUUCAUCGUCAACCAGAUGGAUCACUACAGGUUUAACAGAGCGUCUCUGAUAAAUGUCGGUUACCUGGAGAGCGGUAAUGACACGGACUACCUGGCGAUGCACGACGUUGACCUGUUGCCUUUGAACGAAGCUUUAGACUACGGUUUUCCAGAGGACGGACCGUUCCACGUGGCCUCCCCUGAGCUGCACCCGCUUUACCACUACAAGACCUAUGUGGGGGGAAUCCUGCUGCUCACCAAGAAACAUUACAAAAUGGUACUUUUUUUAUUAUUUAAUCUUUAUUUAACCAGGAAAGAAAAUUAUUUAGGCGAGCAGUUUAAGGUGGAUCCAGAGGGGGGGCUGAGUAACCUCCGUUACUCGGUGGAGUCCCGGCAGGAGCUGAGCAUCAGCGGCGCUCCCUGCACCGUCAUCAACACCAAACUGGAGUGUGACCAGGACAAGACGCCGUGGUGUCUGCUGUCGUAGAGGAAACCACACGCGUCGUUACGCCGCUCCGCCUAAAGGAUUUAAUGUUUAAACUCUGCUCCUCUCUGGAUGUUGCUGCAGCACUGACUGACCUGCAGCUGGCAGCACGUGGCUGCCCUGACAGGAGGAAAUAAUGGUACAAACGGAACCUAACCCAGGAUUUAACACUGAAGAAUUCACUCCUUCACUGAGCAGAAACAGACAAAAACUAAAUGCUUCCUUACUUUGAUAUGAGGAACUUCUCAACAACGCACCUGCUGUAGAACAGGACAGCGAGGAUCUUAAAGAGAAUUAAAACCUCCUGAUGAUCCUUGAUGUUAAGAACCAGAACUUUAAAAUGCAUCAACGAAAAGUUGGAGGCCUGGGAGGCGGACUACUUUGUGUGUCAAACCUCAGAGAAGUGGACGCAUGGAGAGAAACUGUUGCACCUAAACUGGAUUGGACAGACCGGAGCUGUUUUAGUUCAUCGUAGUUUUGGUUUCAGUACCUGCUGGCAUGGUGUGGGUGCAAACUGUUUUUUUUUUUGUUUUUUUCUAACUCUGGGAUCGUGCAAACAGAGCAGAGGUGAGCUGGACGGCUACAAACGGAGCAUAACACCAGAUAUCACCGACCGCCAAAACACGCAUCACAACACUGAAACUGUAGAGUUCAUUUCAGCUUCUGUAUCAUGUCGUGGGAAAGAGUCAUAGUUUGUGUUUCUGCAGAAAUCUGCCUACAACCAUCACAAGCAUCAGAUAAUGUUUUUAAUUCCCUUCUGAAGAGAAAAUCCUCUUAUCUACAGAUAUAACCCUCUAACAGACACACUUUGAAUUCACCAAAGAAGAUACACAUUCACAGAAGUUACUUUUUGGGUCUUUUUGCCUUUUAUUGGAUAGGACAGCUGAAGACAGACAGGUAAUGUUGGGAGGAGAGAGUAGGGGGGCGACAUGCAGCAAAGGGCUGACGUUGGAUUCCAACCGCUAGCCUAUCGACGUUCCCUAAAAACGUUUUUUUUUUAUAAUUGCGACUUCUGUGUCUCAUGAAUCCAACUCACUAGGGGUGUUCAAAACUAUAGAUACACUUGAUUAUUGCGUUGGUAUGUUUUCUGAUACCUCCUCCAUUCUCAGAAACACUGUAUUGAUUUUUUUUGGUUCAUCGUAGUGUUGUCAAAAUAUUUUAAACCUUUGAUAAUAAAUCAGACGAUAUCUGUACCUGCUUCAAUACCUCAACAACUAAAAUAGAAGUUCUGCACACCCAAGGUCGGGCCAUUUACCGUCAUUGUUAGUCAGACUGCUGCGUACAGCCUGAGUUACACUCGUGUUGCCAACCAGUGGAUAAUAUAGAAAACGUUCUCUCGCUUUCUGUCGCAGCAGCUUUUGAAGAUCUGUCACUUUUUAGAGCUUUGGUACUUUACCACACUGUUCAUCAUUUCAAUGAGAGUGUAUCGUUUAAGAACACGCGCUAACAAAAAGGUAUGAAAGUGUUUAAAAUGUUGACAACCUUAGCUCCUAGUUUAAAUUCUAGUUAUCUUUUUUUUAAAUCAUUUUGUUGCAGUGAUCUCUUUUUUUUUUAAAUCACAACAAACGUUUUUGAUCUGGAAUUCUUGAUUAUAAGAAACAAAACCCUCCAGGUUUAUUUUCUGUGGUGAAUUUAAAGCAUUCCUUUUACCCUUUAAAGUAAAGUGAGCCAAACCAGGCUGAACUGUACCAAGACUAAGAUAUUCCGUUGUUUUUUAGCUGCAUAAACCCAGCCUGUAUUUGAAGCCUGACAGAGAAUGCUGCUGAAGAGAAACAAUGCAGUAACAGAACAGACUUGAUUCACUGCGAUCGAUUCAGUUCAUUUUUGUUUGUUUUUUUUAAUCUACCUUUUUAGUUUAAGAAGGAACCAAAGAAUCCUGCAGAACAUCCACGAGAGUUCAGCGAUAUUGGAAUCAUGCUUUACCUCUUCAUGGUUUAGUGACUGCAUGUAAGAAAACUGUGAAUAAUGAUCAUGUUUUUAUGUGCCAAAAACAAAAACCCUGCAGAUGGAGGAUUUAGUGUCGGUUCUGGAGCUUUUGGAUGUAAGACGUGAUUUUUCUCUGCAUAAGAGUUUAAACUCUUUAAAGACAAUAACUCAUGGAAGACAAUAAUUCUUAGCAUUUACAAUUUGAAGGAAAGUGGACAAACCAAAUCUACUGAGGACGAUGAUAUCAUAUGAUCAGAAGUUGCUGCACAGAAGUGAACCAUUUGGAAUAUAUCUUUUAUAAUUUUCUAUUUCAUCAAGUCUUCAAAAACAACUUUGUCAGUGCAGAAUCUUCAAACGACAGUUCCAAAACCUAAAGGUGUUCACUUCUUUUAUUUUAGAAGAUUUUACUGCUUGUUAAAACAAUUGCAGAUCAUUUUCUGUCAGUUUACCAAUCCGGUUUUAUCGUUAUUAAUCAGCAUCAGAUUUCUUUGGUUCGUUCUCAGUCUGGGUUUUAAUCUGGAGCCCCUUUCAACAAGACGUAACAACAUGGAACAUAAACAUCCUUCCACAUGUCACUUCUGUCUGCGAGGACUUCUUGUUUGUUCAUUUAAAGUAAAGUUAACAGAUCGCAAUCACAGUCAUCCAAAUGGAUCCAGCUCUAACGGUUUCCUUUAAUAAUAAAGAGAGCGAUGAUUUCAUGACCUCAGACCCAGAGAGGAACCUGGUGGGGGAACUAUUUAUUUUACUGAAAUAUUUGUUUAAUGUAUUUUUAUUUUAUUUUACUCCAAUGUGUUGUACUCAUUUCAUAAAAAGAACGAGGUGUGACUGAAUGUCGGACCAUCAUUAAGAGGGAUUUAAGAGAUAAAACCAAAAACAACAGGGUUUGAAUGCCUUAUAGUUUCAUGUGGAAAGUCAGAAAAUGAACCUUUAAAAUGAACUCCACGGUUUAGAAAUGUGUCUCUGAAAAUUUGAUUGAAAGGGAAGUGUUAUUUAAAGUCAUUUCUUCCUCUUCAGGAAAAUGCAUGAGGCGUGACACGAAGUUUGAAGUCAGCACGAGGAGAGCGAAACAUGUUUACCUCGCUGGGUUAAAAAAAAAAAACUCUUCUUAAAUUUGAGCUUGAAA